AUGAACAUUAUGGACACCCUGUAUUAUCCAAUGUUCGCCUUAUCAAAACAAUCGCAAACGACGCAGGUAUCGCGAGCAAAGAAGAUAGUCCCAGUCCAGGAACCGGUCCUGACGGAAGCAGUCGCGUCUCUGAAGAAGAUCGACGAUAAGAAGCCUCAAGAACUAGCCCCCAAACCUGAGGAGCGUGCGACACGCGUGGUGGAAGAACGCGAAGGGGUGGUCGUUAUCUCAGAAGUGACCACCGAGGACUUAGCGCCAGACUUUGUGGUCGAAACGAUGGUCGACCGUGCCCAGGUGACAUCAGAAACCUUGCAAACAGUUUCGGUGUCAGAGGUUCACACGGAGACCAGCGUCCAAGAGAUCAGGCGAAUGGAGAGCAAGCAAAGAAAGGCCAAGAAGACGGUGAUGACAGAGGAGGAGUUGUUCGAGGAGAAGCCGAGAGAGGCGAUUGUGGAGGAGAAGCCAAAGAAGAAGAAGAAGACGGUGAAAACACGCGAAGAAGUGACCAUAGAGGAGGUCGUCGAACGACAAAGGGAGAACAUCGCGAGGGAAGUCGAGGAAAUAAUGGAAACGCUACACGCGAAAGAAUUUGGCCCUGGCGAAGCUCCUCUAAGGGAAUUGGCUACGAUUGGGUACCUGGUGCGGCAGGGUGUAUCUGUGAACGAGAUCAACGAGAGCCUGUACAGGACAGACAACUUCCCAGCGCUGAAAACACCCGAGGCACAGAACGCUCUUGUUCAGCUGGUGGAGAGGGAAGGACAUGGCGCGCUGAUCACGCAGGUUCUGACAGAGGAAACGACUACAGACGAAAGCGUUGUCGCUGCCACCGUUGGCUUCCGUGCCUUCAUGAGAAUGAUCGAGCUACAACACGUCACCGUUGAAGAGGUGCUCACGCACUUCGCUCCGGAGGACUUCCGGCCACGCGCUUGGGAGGUCACAGAAGCCACGGAAGUUGAAACGGAGCAACGUGUCACGGAACGAGUGGAUAUCGUCCGCAAAACGGAGGUCCAUUUCAUGGAAUACGAGGACACACGGCAGGCACACACAACACUGCGCGUACGCAAAGAUACAAAACCAACGGAACAGAUCGAGGCGAGAAAGGAAGAUAGGGAAGAGGGGGUUCAGGUUGUAGAGAUCGAGGAGAUCGAGGAAACAGAACGGGCGAAGAAGAAGCGAAAGGACGUGGAGGAAAUCGAGGAAGAGAUAGAGACCGUAAUAACAGAGACAGACACGAAGGGCAGGCUGACUCAGAAACAGAAGAAACGCGAUGAAUUAGAGAAAGAGGACGUAGAGGAAGAGGAGGAAAUUAUAGAGAAAGUGAGGAAAGAGUUGAAACCGAAACGGCCACAGAUUGGCCGGGAUGAGGUUCAAUUGGAAAAGACCGAAGAGUUCGAGGUGAAGGAAGACAAGUCUGUUGCUUCCAUUAUAUUGAACGUUCCUAGCCAACGUCACCAGGUGGUGCCUUUGGAUCGUACGACCGAGCAGGCACCUGGCAAACCAGAAUUAGAAACAGCAAAACUCACCAUGGAUACCAUUACACCAUUGACAGAGCAACUAGUCCCAGUUCAAGAGAAGGAGAUCGAUGACAUCAGUCAGAUUAAACCCAUCGAGCGCAAAGCAUCUCUCGCGAUCUCACCAGUGGAACCAUACUCGAUCACAGAGACGACCGUUCAGGCGUCCACUGGUGAAUUUUCAGACACCUUCAAACCCACAUCUUACGAAGCUACGCCAGCGAUAGUCCCGUCAGAGGGUCUGGUAGUCAGCGAGACUCUGGCCAAUGACGCCGGUGUGUCAAGUCUGACCAUCGCUAAACAGGAACUCAGCAGGACAGCGGACGUUAGUAUGACCGUUCAGGAGGCCACAACCGUGUACGAGACAAUGGUCAGUCAGAAAGAAGUACCAACGGAGGAUUUCGUCUCGCCUUUGACUGCCAAGGCAGAGGACAGCAUUUUACCGCAAGUAGGAUUGUCCGUGUACGAGGUCCAAGAAGGUUUAGCCGAAGACAAACUGGAACCGAUGAAAACUGUACCCACGAAGCCUAGAGUGAACGUCACCGCUGUUGAACCAUUGAUCGUCGAAGAAGUCCGCGCAGAGGACAAGCCAGGGAAAUACUAUCCAGAAUUAAUAGUCCCCACGGAAAUCGCCACGCAGUCCAUAAUAUCCCAACGACAACGGGUUACUGAAGAAAUGCACGCGCCUGAAAAAGAAGGCGAGUACGUGCCGGGAAGACUGCCACCUAGCCAAAAGGCGCAAAUUGGUAUUUCCUAUGGGAACGAGACAGCUGUGAUAGAGCAGAACGUAAUCCAGGAGAGCGAAGGAGUGUACGUAUCAGAGCGAAAGAUUGACACUUUCGAGGCUAUGACUAACGUUACCUUGCUGGAAGGAGUCUCAGUGUCGACUGUACAGACUCAAGAUACGGAGACUGACCUGACGAUAGAAGAAACGAAAAGGGCAGUUGCUGAUCUGAAUAUCAUCGAAAUACCAUCCGCUGUGACGGUAGAGACUGUACCCUCUGAGAAAGAGACAGACUACCAGCCAGGCGACAAACCAGCGACCAAGACUGCUGACACAUCCAUAUCUUCGUUGGAAAUCGGUUCCAUCUCGAGUACUGUCGUUCAAGAAUCCGAAGGAAUUUAUCAGCCAGACCAGCAACCGACUAAAGUAUUGGCAGAGACGUCGAUCAGACCAGAAGAGUAUGUUCUGGUCUCAGAGAUCCACACGGCGGACUAUCCAUCAGACUUCACGAAGGAACUGAAGUAUGUCCAAGAAAGUGGUACCGUAACGGUACAAUUAACCGAGGCCAAAAUGAUUCAGGAGACUAUGACUCACGACCGAGAGACCACAAUGGAAGAAAUUGCAAAACCCGAAGAACGCGUAGUGGAAACUAGCUACGACGGAAUCAGGAGCGUCGAAGUGUUCCAAACGACCUCUAUAGAGAAGGAAGCUGAUCUGAAGAUCUUCGAAAUGCCAGAGUCUCACCGUGGGAAGACUGUGCCAACACAUCCCGUUGUGUCGUUGGAGGUUGAGAUGACUCAGCCAGAGGAUAAUUUAGGGGAGAUCACCAAGGAGAUUCCAUCGCCUGGAACAGCAAAGAUAGAAACGAUCAGCUUGCAGGAAACGGUCGUAGACGAAACCGUCGUCGCCGAAGACUUGGCUCCGGUUCAGAAGGACAAAGUUCCAGACUCAAAGGUUGCAGAGAUCGCGAUGAACGAGAUCGAGGGUCUUCACACGACCAUGGUGGUCACCAGCGAAAGGGAAACUGAAUACACAGAGAUCUCUGAAGUGAAAGGGGCUUACGCAAGCACAGAAUUCACCACCCAAGAGGCCACAAUGUACGAAGAGGUAAGAACACAUUCGCCGACAGGGGAAUACGUACCGGAAGAGAAACCAGCUUCCGGUGUAGCCCAACCGUCUCACGUGACUCUGGAGAGUGUCACCGUUGCGAUACAGGAAGUCGCGGAGAAAGAAGAUCUGUAUAGAACUGACGUGAAGCCUGAUGGAAAGACAGCAAUAGUAGAGCUGACAGAGCCUAGACCAGGUGCAACAGUAAUUGAAAUAAUUCCACACGAUCGAGAGAACGUGUACAACCCCGAUGCCAAACCACAGGAUUACACUGCCCAACCGUUUAUAUCUGGUCACACAGUGGCCUUGAAAUCAGAGACUCUGGUAACUCAAAGCACCACAGAUAUGAGUAUCGACCAACCGAAAUCAGGAAAAGCUGUUCCUCAGCGCGAUGCUCUGGAAGAACUGAUCGUGACGGAAACCAACAUAGCAGAGACAGAGAAAAUCAGGGAAGAAGAUACACAGCCGUUGACGCAGAGCGCAGAAGUGGAGAUCUGCUCGAAGUCGGAGAAGCUCACCGUGACUGAAGUGAUGAGUGUUUUAAGCGAGGAGAAACUGCAAGUAGAGGAUCUACCCAAGGAGAGAAAAGUCACCAUGGGAAUUACCAGCGGGCACGAAGUAGCUGAGAUGGAGGAGACUGUGAUCGCGAACAACAUCGAUGUUCUGAAAGAAGAGAAGGCGAAGGAAGAACACGCUAGCCAACAACAGAGUGGAUUGGAAGUGGUCGAACAGACUGAGAUAUCAAUUUCUGAGAAAGAAUCCCCACUGCAAGAGGACGUCAAGCCUGACACCAAAAACGUUCAGGUAAUGUUCGAAGAAGGUCAACAAAGCAUCGUGGUUGGAAUGACUUAUCCUGAAGACAAGGAAGGUGUAUUCACUCAGGAAGAGAAACCAAAAGGCGCUGAAGCGACUGUUGAUAUCAUUGCCCAGGGAGUAGCAUCUAAAUUCGAAAUUCUGAGCGACACUGGCUUAACAGAGCUGCCAAGUGAAUCGAUCCAAGAAACGAAACCUACAACUACAAUAUUACCGAUUCAAGCAGCGGUUGCAGAAGAAGUUCAGACCAGGGAAACCGAAGCGCCGUUUACCGAGAUAAAACCCGAUGACAAAAUAGCGAGUCUCGAAUUCGUAACUGGAGAAGGUUUGAUCGUUUCCGCUGUGACGACUGAAGAUAAAGAAAUCACUUUGCCCGAAGCAGAGAGGCCCGAGACCAAAUCCGCCACUUUCGAUAUUCCGACUCACAUCGUGGCAGAAACAAGCGAGACCACCACCACUGACAAUCUCGGUGUAUUCAAACAGGAUGAGACGACCACCGCGACGGCUACCACCGAUCACAUCACUUUCCACAGCGUUAUGACAUCCGAGACAGCUCCUGGUGAUCUAGAAAAGCCGAUGGAAGAUUUCGUGCAACCAGACAAGAAGGUUGUCGACGUCUCCUUCGAGGAAGGUAUAGGAGUCACGGUGAUCGAGACGAUCGCAUCUGACAAGGAGAAAGAGUACUUCAAGAAGCUAGAGAUCCAAGGUGAACAGGCCACUCCAGCUUACGACGCGCACAAAGUCGCUCAGCUGAUGGAAAUCAAUCCAGCCGCUGUUUCCGGAGAUCUGGCUGUUCCAGUACCUGCAACAUUCGCAGCCACGGAAGAAAGAUUGCCAUUUGAAAGUAUAGUGCAGACUGAAACCAUCGUAUCGGAAACUGAGAAGGAAUUCACUGACAAGCCUGUAAUAUCCAACAAGGCUGAAGUGUCCAUCAGCGAAAUUAUCAGCGCCACGACUACCACUGAGAUACCAGCAGACAAAGAGGAUGUUCUACAGAUUCCGGAGAAACCAUCCGAGAAGCAAGCCAGCGUUCAAUUCGCUGGUCAUGUGAUUGCAGAGAAGACCGAGGUCACGGUGGACUCUAGUGCUGGAAAAUUGGAGGAUUUGAAACCAGUGUCAGCGUCAGCGGUGCCGUCGAAUAUUCCUCUAGAAGCAGUGAUCAGCUCGGAAACACAGCCUACCGAGGCUGAAGGUGUGCUAAGUAAAGACAAGGCGCCGACUCAAGCUCUGGCUGAUCUGUCCGUGGUAGAGGAACAGGGUAUACAGGUAUCUGCUGUAGUUUUAGAGGACAAGGAAGAAGAGUACACAUCAAAGGAAUUACCAGAAAUGAAAACUGCCGAUAAAAGCCUAGUCGGUGGCCAUCUGGUCGCCGAGACAACGAUGCAAGUGGCCGACUUCAGUACUGGGGACUUCGUAGAAGAAAAACCAUCCCAGGCUACCGCUAUGCAGGAGCAUAUUCCGUUUAAUCCGUUAAUCGAAUCACAGCCUGUUGUUCAAGAAAGCGAAGACAAAUUUGUGCCAGAUUUAUUGCCGGAGAAUAAAAAGGCUGUUAUCGAUCUCGAGGAAAGUAAGAACAUCGUUACAGUGUCCCAAGUGACUCCAGCUGACAAGGAGUCUUUGUACGUUUCCGAAGAGGCACCGUCGAAACACGAGGCAUCUGUUGGAUUGGACACGACUCAUGCGAUCGCUGAAACCACGACAGUCUCUGUCGAAGACUCCGUCGCUACGGUGACUGUGGAGAAACCAGUCAUCAAGAAAGCUUUAUCAACGCAAGAAGUAUACCAGAGUAUUCUGGUUACGCAAGACGUCGUCCAAGAUCAGGAAAACACGUUCGAAGGUAAAUUCAAGCCAGCUGUGCAACGGGUAGAGAUCUCGAUCGAGGAAGGUAAACGCGUAACCACCGUCACAGAGGUCAGCGCAGCUGAUCGAGAAGAAGUUCUGAAGACCAUCCAAGAGGAAAAAACUCGAUCAGCGGUACCGGCUAUAGUCUCUGGGCACGAGGUCGCCGAAAGGUCUGAAAUAAUUCCACAGCAGAGCACCGGCGAGGUGGACAUCGUCAAACCGGUAACAGCUACGGCUCAAGUCGGCCAGAAACCUUUUGAGACGAUCGAAAUGACGGAACAAGUGCUUGCUGAGAAGGAGGGAGACAAAAUCGAGGAGUUGACGUUGCAGAAGACCAGCGCUCGUCUGACGGUGGACGAAAACCGUUUCAUCGCCGUUACGGAGGCAACCACGACCCAAGACGUUGAGGCUGAAUUAUCGGAGAUGAAGAAGCCUCGCGAAGAAAUGGCGAAGCCAGCGAUGGAGGGAAAAGAAGUCGCCCAGCAGAUGGAGGUUAAUCUCAGAGAGGGGCUCGGUGAAGUGCCUCAAGCUCCAAAACCAGCCACAGUUGAAGCACAUCCUACGCAGACAACGUUAGAAAGCGUAGACAUCAGUGAAACUGUUCCUCAAGAACAUGGUACCAUAUUCGAGGAGAAAAUGAAACUGGACGAACGCAGCGCUACUGUCAGUUUUGUUGAGGGCAAAAGUAUCACCGUUGCCCAUGUCAUUACACAGGAUAAAGAGGACACCAUGACUGUAGCGAAGUACGCGGAAAACAAGGCGGAGGUGACCCUCACAAAAGUUGGCAUGGACGUUGCCCAAACGGCUCAGGUGUUUAUAGAUCAAAGCACCGGUUCGGUUCAGCCGCUUGAGAAGCAUGAAGUCAAGGCUCAUCCCACGCAAGACGCUCUGGAACCUAUCAUCGUCCAAGAGGCACCUAGCGCGGAAAGCGAGGGACAUUUCGAUAAAUAUCCCAAGAUGGUUUCAUCCACCGCUGUACCGACCUUCGAAGAAGGCCACGGAAUUUCCGUCACCGAAGUUACUUCAGCGGAAGUAGAGUCGGUACUGAAAGAGAAGAAGAUGGAAGCUUCUCAGACAGCUACCAGUACCAUCAUUGCUGAACGUAAUAUAAUCGAAACAACCACGAUUGAGUCUCAAGUAAAUAUCCCAGAUAAGGCCCAGGAAGUAACCAUGACACCUCAAGUAGCCGUCCCAGGUCAAGACACCUUCGAAAGUAUCAUAGUAAAUGAGAACAUAGUCGAGGAGAGUGAACGUACCUUCGAGGGUGUGUUCAAACCUCAGACGCAGAAAGCAGACAUCGAUAUCGAGAAAGUGAAGUCACUCCAAAUAUCUGAGACAGUCACAGAAGACAAAGAGACAAUGUUCGACGUGGCCCCGAAACGCGAAGGUGUUAAGGCUACCCAGGACAUAAGCCUGCUUGAGACCGUCGUAGGAUCUAUAGUGGAGAGUAUUCAAAGUACUCAAGAGAUUCACGAAGAGAAACAAGUGUCCUCCCAGGCGACCAUGACUCAGACAGUUAUCGAAACAGCGGUAAAAACUGAGACGACUGUUGGUGAACGUGAGGAGACAUUUGAAGGGAAGUUCAAACCGGAAGAACAGAAGGGCAAGCCUCAGCUCGAAGGACUUAGCACCGUUACAGUCACCGAAGUGCUUUCCAAUGAAAUCGAAGACGUUUUGCCUGCAGCUGUUGCUCCCAAAGAGCAACAGGCACAACCUAGCCUAACAGGUAGAGAAGCUCCUGAAGUGCUACAAGUGAUUACCGCUGCCACUACCGAAACAUUGGAAAAGAUGACUCAAUUGAAGGAACAGCAAGGUACCCUGGAGGUGGAGGAACUCUCUUCUGUAGCAGUGAGCGAAGUAAUAUCGAACGAAGCCGAAGAUAUACUCACCUUGAAAGCUACACCUAAAGAUCAGAAGGCAGACUUCAACAUACUCGGCAGAGAAGCUGCUGAGACGGCCCAAGUUACAACGAUGGUAGAAACCGAGGAUCUUACGUUAAAACAACCAGAAGGACAGAAGGGAAAACCAACGGUGGAUGAACUCAUGCCGCUCACGGUGUCUCACGUGGUAUCUAACGAAGUGGAAGAAGCUAUGCCCGUUCCUGAAGUUCCCAAAGAGAAGACAGCUCAACCGAGCUUGCUUGGUAGAGAUGUCGCCGAGACGAUGCAAGUACUGACCGUUGCCAGUGCUGAGGAGCUUGCAGCACCGGUAGCUCCCGAAGAACAGAGAGGAAAACCACAGAUCGAAGAACUGGCUCCUUUGACCAUCUCACAAGUAGUAUCCCACGAAGCAGAAGAUACUUUACCUACUCCAGAGGUACCAGUUCAAAGAGAGGCUCAACCGAACCUGAUAGGUAGAGACGUGGCUCAGACGAUGGAAGUGUUAACGAUGAGUAACGUGGAAACCUUGGCAGAAGCUACGAAGCCUGGAGAACAAAGAGGAGUCCCUGGCCUCGAGGAGUUUGUGUCUCUGUCAGUGUCGCAGACAGUUUCCACUGAGAUGGAGGACGUGUUACCAAGUCCAGAAGUACCUGCAGAGAAAAUGGCUCAACCCAGUCUACUUGGCCGUGACGUUGCGGAAACGAUGCAAGUGUUGACCAUGAUCAGCGCGCAAGAAUUAACAACAUCACGAGCACCUGAAGAACAGAAGGGAAAACCGAAUGUUGAGGAGCUAUCCUCGCUGACGGUCUCGCAAACAGUGUCACACGAAGCGGAGGAAACUCUAGAGAGUCCUGUUGCUCCUGGUACAGUGAAAGCUAGACCAUCACUGACUGGCAGAGAGGUGGCUGAAACGAGCCAGGUCCUCACCAUGGCAAGCGCAGAGGAACUUGAGAAGCCAAUAUUACCUGAAGAACAGACGGGAAAACCGAGAUUAGACGAACUGACAUCGUUAACAGUCUCCCAGGUGGUGUCUAAUGAACUGGAAGAGACGUUACCAUCGCUUGAGAAACCUACUGAGAAAACCGCUCAGCCUCAGAUGACUGGCAGAGAGGUGGCUGAAACGAGCCAGGUCCUCACUAUGGCAAGCGCAGAGGAACUUGAAAAACCUAUGUUACCUGAGGAACAGACAGGAAAACCGACAUUGGACGAGUUGACAUCUUUAACAGUCUCCCAGGUGGUGUCUAAUGAACUAGAAGAGACGUUACCAUCGCUUGAGAAACCUACUGAGAAAACUGCUCAGCCUCAGAUGACUGGCAGAGAGGUGGCUGAAACGAGUCAGGUCCUCACCAUGACAAGCGCAGAGGAACUUGGGAAGCCAAUAUUACCUGAAGAACAAACAGGAAAACCGACAUUGGACGAGCUGACAUCGUUAACAGUCUCCCAGGUGGUGUCUAAUGAACUAGAAGAGACGUUACCAUCGCUUGAGAAGCCGAGUGAGAAAACUGCUCAGCCUCAGAUGACUGGCAGAGAGGUGGCUGAAACGAGCCAGGUCCUCACUAUGGCAAGCGCAGAGGAACUUGAAAAACCUAUGUUACCUGAGGAACAGACAGGAAAACCGACAUUGGACGAGUUGACAUCUUUAACAGUCUCCCAGGUGGUGUCUAAUGAACUGGAAGAGACGUUACCAUCGCUUGAGAAACGUACUGAGAAAACUGCUCAGCCUCAGAUGACUGGCAGAGAGGUGGCUGAAACGAGCCAGGUCCUCACCAUGGCAAGCGCAGAGGAACUUGAAAAACGAAUGUUACCUGAAGAACAAACAGGAAAACCGACAUUGGACGAGUUGACAUCUUUAACAGUCUCCCAGGUGUUGUCUAAUGAACUGGAAGAGACGUUACCAUCGCUUGAGAAGCCGAGUGAGAAAACUGCUCAGCCUCAGAUGACCGGUAGAGAGGUGGCUGAGAAGACUGAGGUUCUAACAGUCACGAAUGUCGAAGAACUACUAAAAUUAGAGAAACCAGAAGGUCAGAAAGGUAAACCUAACGUUGAGGAACUGAGCUUCAUCACAAUUUCCGAGGUGGUUUCUACCGAAGCUGAAAAGGAACUACCUAGUCCAGAGGCUCCCAAAGCACGUAAAGCACUUACGAAAUUGGAUAGUAUAGAAGUGGUAGAAACAUCAGAGGUACUGACAAUGACCAACGCUGAAGAACUUCCCAAGCCCAAAGCACCGGAAGAACAGAAAGGAAAACCACAAUUAGAGGAAUUGCUCUCUCUAUCAAUCUCAGAAGUCGCUUUUGGCGAGGUAGAAACUGGACUACCAACACCUGACGAACCUACAAGUCAAACUGCCAAGCCUAGUCUCCUGGGUAUCCAAGUUGCCGAGAAGUCACAGGUGAUACCAUCAUCGGCAACCGGUGAACUGGAAGAGUCAGCGAAACCGGAAACGAAGAAGAUAGUCCCUGAACAGAUUCCAUUCGAAAGUAUCGAACAAUCACAACCGGUUCCGCAAGAAAGCGAAGAAACGUUCGUGGUAGAGAAAACGACGAAGACAGCGACUGCUGAGGUCUCGUUCCGCGUGUCGGAGAGUCUCGAAGUGACGCAAGUGACAGCUACGGAACAAGAAGCUAAAGAAGUGAUAAAAGGCGUGGCGAAGGAAGCUUCAGCCCAGCCUGAUGUCAUUAAACGAGAAGUUGCUCUAAAAACUGAGAUUCAGCCUGAGGACGUGGCGUCCGAAUUUAAAGUUACUAAGCCGGAAAGUAAGACGGCUAGGGGGGUAGACGAGAUACAACAAGGUGUGAUUGUUACCGAACACCUGACAGCCGGUGAGAUAGAGUCAGACCUGCCCGAGUCUGCUAUACCUUUCGCGAAGUUAGCGAGCGUUUCGAUCCAAGCCGAACACCUGGAACAAGUUGUGGAAACCACAGAAGUACCAGCGCAACAACAUCACAUCACAAUCACACAACACACAACAAAACACGAUACGCCACAGCAACAGACGAUCGAAUCCGACACAGAGGUAAUUGAGGAGUACACAACGAAAUUCAGGCGCGGAAGUAGGGACGAUGAAACAGCAGCUGUUAAGACAAAGAAAACAAUUAUAAGAAAGAAAAAGCCCGGAACGGAGGCUGAUGAAGACAAUGUCGUCGUCAUUGAAGAAGAAUUGGAGGACAUUAAACCAAAAAUACCGUCGAUACCGAAGAAGCAAUUUAUGCCGAUAGAGGAAGUCAUGACGACAGUGGGCGUCGAAGAAAUAGUGCCUUCGAGAAUCGACGAGGUCGAAGAAGUGACACCAAAGGAAGAAGAACAUGUCGAAGUAAAAGAAGUACGGGUCGAGGAUGAUACAAAGAAAGUGACGAAGAAGAAGGUUAUUCGUAGACGGGGAAAAGCACAAGUGACUGAAGAAACAAUGGUGGAAGAGAAGGAAGAACAACCGAUAUUAGAGAAAGGAGAAUACGAGGAGGAAGAAAUACCAGAAGAAUUUACAAAACCAAUUGCUCCUUUCGAGUAUGUUACACCUAGAGUUGAACAAGUGGAAGAACAAGUUACUGUGACAGAAGAAACAACAAAAGAAGGAAAACCGAAGAAGACAACGAAGAAGAAAAUUAUAACACGGAAAGGAAAGGAACAACAGGUGACUGAGGUAGUUACAGUGGAGGAGCAAGGUAAAAAACCAGUAACAAGUGUCACAGAGGGUCCAGUUGAAGAAGUAAUUGAAGAGACAAUAAAGCCGCUACCUAAACCAGAAUACGCUAAACCGUCUGAAGUGGAGGAGGUGCGAGAACAAGUGACGAUUACUCAAGAAGUAACAAGGGAAGGUAAACCUAAAAAGAUUACCAAGAAAAAAGUAACCAAACGUCAAGGGAAGGAUCAACAGGUAACUGAAGUAGUCACUGUAGAGGAACAAGGUAAGGCGCCGGUGACGACUGUGACGGAGGGUCCUGUGGAAGAGGUAAUUGAAGAAACAAUAAAACCUCUGCCUAAACCAGAGUAUGCUAAACCAUCUGAAGUGGAAGAGGUACGCGAGCAAGUAACGGUGACUGAAGAAGUUACCAAGCUGGGCAAGCCUAGGAAAACAAUAAAGAAGAAAAUUAUUAAACGCAAAGGACAGGAACAACAGGUGACAGAAGUCGUAACUGUUGAAGAACAAGGAAAGGCUCCAGUAACAACUGUCACAGAAGGACCAGUUGAAGAGGUAGUCGAAGAAUUAAUAAAACCAUUACCAGCUCCUGAGCAUAUUAGACCAACCGAAGUCGAAGAAGUUCGAGAACAAGUAACUGUGACCGAAGAAAUCACAAAAUUAGGUAAACCUAAGAAAACAACGAAGAAGAAGAUUAUUAAACGCAAAGGACAGGAACAACAGGUGACAGAAGUAGUAACUGUCGAAGAGCAAGGAAAAGCUCCAGUAACAACGGUCACAGAAGGUCCGGUUGAAGAGGUGGUGGAAGAAAUAAUAAAACCAUUACCAGCUCCUGAGCACAUUAGACCAACCGACGUCGAAGAAGUUCGAGAACAAGUAACUGUGACUGAAGAAAUCACAAAAUUAGGCAAACCUAAGAAAACAACGAAAAAGAAGAUUAUUAGACGCAAAGGAAAGGAACAGCAAAUCACCGAGGUAGUUACAGUAGAAGAACAGGGAAAAGCGCCGGAGACAACAGUUACAGAAGGACCAAUAGAGGAAGUGGUUGACGAGUUUGUUAAACCACUACCUGUUCCUCAAUAUGCUAAACCAUCUGAGGUAGAAGAAGUACGCGAACAAGUGACAGUGACAGAAGAAGUAACUAAAGAAGGUAAACCUAAGAAGACCGUGAAGAAGAAGGUUAUUAAGCGUAAAGGCAAAGAACAGCAGGUGACAGAGGUCGUGACUGUUGAAGAGCAAGGAAAAGCUCCAGUAACAACGGUCACGGAAGGACCGGUUGAAGAGGUGGUGGAAGAAAUAAUAAAACCAUUACCAGCUCCUGAGCACAUUAGACCAACCGACGUCGAAGAAGUUCGAGAACAAGUAACUGUGACCGAAGAAAUCACAAAAUUAGGUAAACCUAAGAAAACAACGAAGAAGAAGAUUAUUAAACGCAAAGGACAGGAACAACAGGUGACAGAAGUAGUAACUGUCGAAGAGCAAGGAAAAGCUCCGGUAACAACGGUCACAGAAGGUCCGGUUGAAGAGGUAGUUGAAGAAAUAAUAAAACCAUUACCAGCUCCUGAAAGAGUUAGACCAACCGAAGUCGAACAAGUUCGCGAACAAGUGACAGUGACAGAAGAAGUAACUAAAGAAGGUAAACCUAAGAAGACCGUGAAGAAGAAGGUUAUUAAACGUAAAGGCAAAGAACAGCAGGUGACAGAGGUAGUGACUGUUGAAGAACAAGGAAAAGCCCCAGUUACCACUGUCACUGAGGGACCAGUAGAAGAGGUAGUUGAAGAAAUAAUUAAACCACUACCAGUACCAGAACAUGUAACACCUUCAGAAGUAGAGGAAGUACAUGAACAAGUGACUGUUACAGAAGAAGUCACAAAAUUAGGUAAACCAAAGAAAACCAUAAAAAAGAAAAUUAUUAAACGCAAGGGUAAAGAGCAACAGGUAACAGAAAUAGUUACAGUUGAAGAACAAGGAAAAGCUCCAGUAACAACAGUGACCGAAGGUCCUGUAGAAGAGGUGAUUGAGGACACCAUACAGCCACUACCUGCCCCUGAACGCGUUAAACCAACAGAAGUAGAGGAAGUACGUGAACAGGUGACAAUUACAGAAGAAGUCACAAAAUUAGGUAAACCAAAGAAAACUAUAAAAAAGAAAAUUAUCAAACGCAAGGGUAAAGAGCAACAGGUAACAGAAGUAGUUACAGUUGAAGAACAAGGAAAGGCUCCAGUCACUACCGUUACCGAGGGUCCUGUUGAAGAAGUGGUCGACGAAGUAAUAAAAUCAUUGCCUGCACCUGAAUACGCUAAGCCAUCUGAAGUAGAAGAAGUACACGAGCAGGUAACAGUCACAGAAGAAACAACUAGAGAAGGUAAACCUAAGAAGACAGUGAAGAAGAAAGUUGUUAAGCGAAGAGGAAAAGAACAACAGGUGACAGAAGUUGUGACUGUUGAAGAACAAGGUAAAGCUCCAGUAACAACUGUCACUGAAGGGCCGGUUGAAGAGGUAGUAGAAGAAGUAAUAAAACCACUACCAACUCCUGAACGAGUUAGACCAACUGAAGUCGAAGAAGUACGGGAACAAGUAACUGUGACUGAAGAAAUCACAAAAUUAGGCAAACCUAAGAAAACCACGAAAAAGAAAAUUAUUAAGCGCAAAGGAAAAGAACAGCAGGUCACCGAGAUAGUUACAAUAGAGGAACAGGGAAAAGCGCCGGAGACAACAGUUACAGAAGGACCAAUAGAGGAAGUGAUUGACGAAUUUGUUAAACCACUGCCUGCUCUUGAGUAUGCUAAACCAUCUGAAGUAGAAGAAGUUCGAGAACAAGUUACAGUUACGGAAGAAGUUACUAAAGAAGGUAAACCUAAGAAGACCGUAAAGAAGAAGGUUAUUAAGCGUAAAGGGAAAGAACAACAGGUGACAGAGGUAGUGACUGUUGAAGAACAAGGAAAAGCGCCAGUUACCACUGUCACAGAAGGACCUGUUGAAGAGGUGGUGGAAGAAAUAAUAAAACCUUUACCAGCUCCAGAGCAUAUUAGACCAACCGAAGUCGAAGAAGUUCGAGAACAAGUCACUGUGACUGAAGAAAUCACAAGAUUGGGUAAACCUAAGAAAACCACCAAAAAGAAAAUUAUUAAACGCAAAGGAAAAGAACAGCAAGUCACCGAGGUAGUUACAGUAGAGGAACAGGGAAAAGCGCCAGAGACAACAGUUACAGAAGGACCAAUAGAGGAAGUGGUUGACGAAUUUGUUAAACCACUACCUGCUCUUGAGUAUGGUAAACCAUCUGAAGUAGAAGAAGUUCGAGAACAAGUGACAGUUACGGAAGAAGUUACUAAAUUGGGUGAGCCAAAGAAAACAAUAAAGAGGAAAAUUAUUAAGCGAAAAGGAAAAGAACAGCAAGUAACAGAAGUCACGACUAUCGAAGAACAAGGAAAAGCCCCUGUCACCACUGUGUCUGAAGGUCCUGUUGAGGAAGUAGUAGAAGAAACCUUGAAACCACUGCCUGCACUAGAAUUUGUCAAGCCAACUGAUGUAGAAGAAGUUCGUGAACAAGUAACUGUUACUGAAGAAGUUACCGAAGAGGGCAAGCCUAAGAAGACCACUAAAAAGAAAGUUAUAAAGCGCAAAGGGAAAGAACAGCAGGUAACUGAAGUAGUCACUGUCGAGGAACAGGGUAAAGCGCCUGUUACAAGUGUGACAGAAGGCCCUGUAGAAGAAGUAGUAGAUGAAGUGAUAAAACCGUUACCAAUCCCAGAAUAUGCUAAACCAACCGCAGUGGAAGAGGUGCGUGAACAGGUUACUGUUACACAGGAAGUGACUAUGGAAGGUAAGCCAAAGAAAACUACAAAGAAGAAAAUUAUAAAACGAAAAGGAAAAGAACAACAAGUUACUGAAGUGGUCACUGUUGAAGAACAAGGAAAGGCUCCCGUAACAACUGUGACAGAAGGGCCAACAGAAGAGGUAGCAGAGGAAACAAUAAAACCGAUGCCAGGACUGGAAUAUAUUCAACCAACGGAGGUUGAGGAAGUUCGAGAACAGGUAACUGUCACUGAAGAAAUUACGAAGCAAGGCAAACCUAAGAAGACUACCAAGAAGAAAAUUAUUAAACGUAAAGGAAAAGACCAACAGGUUACUGAAGUGGUCACCAUUGAAGAAGCAGGUAAAGCGCCUGUUACUACAGUCACAGAAGGACCUGUAGAGGAAGUAGUUGAAGAAACUCUAAAACCCCUUCCAGCUCCUGAAUAUGUCAAACCAUCUGACGUUGAAGAGGUACGUGAACAGGUCACAAUCAGUGAAGAAGUCACUAAGGAAGGCAAACCUAAGAAGACCAUUAAGAAGAAGGUAAUUGAACGCAAAGGAAAAGAACAACAAGUAAGUGAAACAGUAACUGUGGAGGAACAAGGCAAGGCCCCAAUAGUAACUGUCACUGAAGGCCCAGUUGAGGAAGUUGUAGAAGAGACAUUGAAACCAUUACCUCUGCUAGAAUUUCUUAAACCAUCUGAAGUUGAAGAAGUACGUGAACAGGUAACAGUAACCGAAGAAGUGACCAGGGAAGGCAAACCCAAGAAGACCACUAAAAAGAAGAUUAUUAAGCGCAAAGGAAAGGAGCAGCAAGUGACAGAAGUAGUGACUGUUGAAGAAAAAGGAAAAGCUGCGGUAACAACCGUAACUGAGGGUCCUCGCGAAGAAAUAGUCGACGAAACAAUAAAAGCGUUGCCUGCCCCUGAACAUGCUAAACCAUCUGAAGUAGAAGAAGUUCGCGAACAAGUGACAGUGACAGAAGAAAUAACUAAAGAAGGUAAACCAAAGAAAACCGUAAAGAAGAAGGUUAUUAAGCGGAAAGGAAAAGAACAGCAAGUGACUGAGUUAGUAACUGUAGAAGAACAGGGAAAAGCCCCAGUUACCACUGUUACUGAGGGACCUAUCGAAGAAAUUGUUGAGGAAACAUUGAAACCUAUGCCUGCUCCAGACUUUGUCAAACCAUCUGAUGUUGAGGAAGUACGUGAGCAAGUAACUGUAACUGAAGAAGUUACUAGAGAAGGCAAGCCCAAAAAGACCAUAAAGAAAAAGGUUAUAAAGCGCAAAGGGAAAGAUCAACAAGUGACUGAAGUAGUAACGGUUGAAGAGCAAGGAAAAGCACCGGUAACAACAGUAACCGAAGGUCCUAUUGAGGAAGUGGUGGAAGAAACUUUGAAACCACUACCUGCUCUAGAAUUUGUUAAGCCAUCAGAAGUUGAAGAAGUUCGCGAACAGGUAACUGUCACUGAAGAAGUAACGAAAGAGGGUAAACCCAAGAAGACUACCAAGAAAAAGAUUAUUAAGCGUAAGGGAAAAGACCAGCAAGUAACAGAAGUUGUUACCGUUGAAGAAAAAGGCAAAGCGCCAGUAACAACAGUAACCGAAGGUCCUGUUGAAGAAGUGGUGGAAGAAACAUUAAUACCAUUACCUGUUCAAGAAUUCGUCAGACCAUCUGAGGUUGAAGAGGUACGCGAACAAAUAACUGUCACUGAAGAAAUAACCAAAGAGGGUAAGCCAAAGAAGACUACUAAGAAAAAAAUUAUUAAGCGUAAAGGAAAGGACCAGCAGGUCACAGAGGUUGUCACCGUUGAAGAAAAAGGAAAAGCACCGGUCACAACCGUAACCGAAGGUCCGAUUGAGGAACUGGUUGAAGAAACAUUGAAGCCACUACCUGUUCCUGAAUUUGUCAAACCAUCUGAAGUUGAAGAAGUUCGCGAACAGGUAACUGUCACUGAAGAAGUAUCUGGGGAAGGUAAACCAAAGAAGACCACGAAGAAGAAGGUUAUCAAGCGCAAGGGACGAGAACAGUCAGUAACUGAAGUAGUCACAGUCGAGGAACAGGGUAAAGCACCUGUGACAACUGUCACUGAGGGACCUGUUGAAGAAAUUAUUGAGGAGAGCAUAAAAUCAUUACCUGCGCCUGAAUAUGCUAAACCAUCUGAAGUUGAGGAAGUGCAGGAACAAGUCACAGUCACUGAAGAGGUAACUCAAGAAGGUAAGCCUAAGAAGACUACCAAAAAGAAGGUAGUCAAACGAAAGGGUAAGGAGCAACAGGUAACUGAAGUAGUUACUGUCGAAGAACAAGGUAAAGCUCCAGUUACUACUGUUACGGAAGGACCAUUAGAAGAAGUAGUUGAGGAAACAUUUAAACCACUUCCUUCUCUAGAAUACGUCAAACCAUCCGAUGUAGAGGAGGUUCGUGAGCAAGUGACUGUCACCGAAGAAGUAACCAAAGAAGGCAAGCCUAAGAAGACCACAAAGAAGAAGGUCAUUAAACGUAAAGGACGAGAACAGUCUGUGACAGAAGUAGUCACAGUUGAAGAACAAGGAAAGGCCCCGAUAACAUCUGUGACUGAAGGUCCUGUGGAAGAAAUCAUUGAGGAGACAGUUAAAGCUCUACCUGCACCAGAUUACACAAAACCAUCAGACGUGGAUGAAGUUCGUGAACAAGUCACUGUUACACAAGAAGUCACGAAGGAAGGCAAACCUAAAAGAACUGUUAAAAAGAAGGUGAUCAAACGUAAAGGAAAGGAACAGCAAGUGACUGAAGUUGUGACUGUUGAGGAACAAGGAAAAGCUCCAGUGACAACUGUAACCGAAGGACCCAUUGAAGAAGUAGUUGAAGAAAUACUGACAGCUCUACCUGCUCCAGAACAGAUUAAACCAUCUGUAGAAGAAGAGGAAGAAGUGCCCGAAGAAGUCACAGUCACUGAGGAAAUCACGAAAGACGGUAAACCUAAGAAAGUAGUCAAGAGAAAAAUGAGGAAAGGUGUAAAGGAGGUUGUCACCGAUAUUGUCACAGUUGAAGAAAUUCCUGAAACACCUAUUGGCGAAGCCAAGAAACCCAUUAAGUUACAACGCCUUAAAGUUACCAAGUUCGAGGCUACGAAACUCGAGGUUCAGGAAAUAACAUCGGACAAACCUCAGUUUGCUCAAAUUAAAUUGCGCAAGACACAGAAACCGAAGCGUCCAGAGGAGAAGAAAGAAAAGUUCCCUCGCAUUUUGCUUCGAAGUCGAAUCAUUGCCAUCGAAUUUCCUCCUGCUCUUAGACAUUUGAAAGUCACUGAAUUCGAACCGAACGAAUUACAGAACGGAAUCCUGUCGCGUAAUGUCGAGGAAGCUGCGACAUUACCGAAACCGAAGAAGAAGAAAGUGAAACGUUUGGAGAAGGAAAUAGCUAAACUAGAACAGUUGGAUAAGGAAUUUGAGGAACUGAAGAAGGAGUUGCCGUUAGAGGAGCUCGAAGAGCCUCUUCCAGAAGAGAAGCCAGAUAAAAAGGUCAAGAAGAAGAAGAAACCACAAGAUAAAGCGAAGGAAGCUCUGAAGCCUCAAUUAAUGAAGAUCAGUAUCAAUGAACAAAAACCAAUCAAACCGAAGAUCGAAGAACCUGCAACUCCUUUGUUCGCUCAAAUUAAAUUGAAGAAGCCUAAAGUCACGCCCAAGAAGCUCGAUAAAAAAGAAGGUAAAUUCCCCAAGUUUCUACUACGCAGUCGUAUAACCGCACACGAAUGGCCGCCAUCGAUAAAAUAUCCGGCAAUAACCGAAUUAGAACCAAUCUACGUGCAAAGCGGCAUAUUGUCCCGUACAGUCGAAGAGGCGAUGAAAAUCAAGAAGAUAAAGCACAAGAAAUUGAAACUCCCUGAAAAAGUGCUGACGGACUUAGAGAAACUGGAUCAAGAGUUUGAAGAAUUGAAAAAGGUACCUUUAGAAAAGCCUGAAGAACUGGCUCCGUACGAACGUAAGCCAAAACCGAAAGAACCUGAGGAAGAAAAACCGAAGAAGCUGGCAAUUGGUAAAGGAAAGCGUCGACCUGAGAAAGAAGAAGAUAUAGAGACUGUUAAAUUGAAGAAAAUACCGGAAAAGGCACCAGAAGAUCAAGAAGAACCAGUUCUUGUUCCAAAGAAAAAAGAUGAAGUAGAUAAACCUGAGAAGAAGAAGGAGGAGGCUGAGUAUCCAGAGAUGAAGCCAUUCGAACCCUACGAUAUAGACAGGAGUGAAGUCGAAUUAGAAGAACCCGAAAAACCAGAGUAUCCUGAACCAGAUAAACCAAAAGCCAAGAAGACUCCAACUAAAAAGCCAAAGAAGGAACGCAAGGUACCAGAUCAGGAGACUGAAGCCGUUCCUAUAGUGCCUGGUGUUCCGAAACCGAAAGAGCCUGAAGAAGAAGAAGAAAUUAAGAAAAGAAUCCCUGAACGGCCGGCACCGGCCGAGGAACCAGAAGAAAUAAAAUUGAAACCUUGGAAGAAGUCUAAAGAGCCAAAGGAAGAAGAGAAGAAACCUGAAGAUUACAUAAAGUUCAUUCCCAAAGACGACGACAUUGUCGAGACCGUCGAGGUAGUUACCACCGUCGACAUCGAAGAAACCCCAGAGAAGAAACAGAGAAAGAUCAAGAAAAAGAAAACCAUCACUAAACGUGGUGACGAGACACCGAAAGUCGUCGAAGAAACAACGAUAGAAGAAGAAGGCGCUGAGCCUGUAGUCACUGUCGAAGAAUUUGAGGAGGAGAGACUCGAAGUUGUCCCUGUAGAGACAAUCGAAAAACCCGCGCCUGUUGAAGAGAUCAAAGAAGAAAUCGUGACGAGCGAGAUCGUCGAGGAAGGAACAAAGAAAACGGUUCGCAAAAAGCGCGUGACUAGGAAACGCGAAGGUAAAGAGAAGGUCACCGAAGAGGUGAUCGUCGAAGAGGAAGGUAAAGCACCAUUAACAGCAACAAUAGAAAUCCACGAAGACACUACACCAGAAUUACACGAAAAACCUAAACACAAAAGACCGAUUAAACCCAAAGCCGAUGAGAAAGUACCCGAAGAUAUCGCGGAGAAGACGAUUCAAGAGGAGGAGGUCAUUAAGAAGGAGAAGGUCGUAAAGAAGAAGAAACCAGUCACAACGAAGGACGAGGUGACGGAGGAGAUCGUUGAAGAAAUAACUAUCGAAGAACCUGAAAAACAGAAGGCUAAGCCAAUCGUGGAGGAGGAAGAGACUGUGACGAUAACUGAACACGAUGUGAGGAAAGCGCCCAAGAAGAAGAAGGAGGUCGUCAUAAAAGAAGAGGAGGAGAUCUUCGAAACGAUCGAGACACCGACGCAGAAGAUCAUAAGGAAAAAGACGAGACCCAUGAAGAAGGGCGAAGAGGAGGUCGUAGUCGAGGAAAUAAUAAUAAAGCCCAAGGAAGAAACGAUCGAAAUGGAAGAACAGCAGAUUGUAGAAGUUGUAGAAACUCCAACGAAAAAGAUCGUGAAAAAGAAGAAGGCGGUGACGAAGGAUGACGGUGUUCCUGAAGAGGUCGUUGAAGAAAUUGUCAUCGAGAAGCCGCAAAAAGGAAAGGCGAAACCGCUCGUGGAAGAAGAAAAGGAAACUGUGAAAGUAACAAAGGUUGACUUAAAGAAAGCACCAGAAAAGCCGGAGGAAGUUAUCGAAGAAGAAGAAAUAAUUGAAACUAUUGAAACUCCAACGAAGAAGAUUAUUCGAAAGAAACCCAAAAAGAAGGAGGAGAAGGUGGUUGAAGAAGUGAUAGAGAAGACGAUCGAGCAAGGAAAGGUUAUGGAAGAAGAAGAAAUUGUUGAAAUAAUCGAGACGCCUACGAAGAAAAUUAUCAAGAAGAAGAAAGCAACUAUAAAGGAAGGUAAAGCGCCUGAAGAAGAAGUUGAAGAAAUAGUGAUUGAAAAGCCUGUUAAACAAAAGGCUAAAGGCGACAUCAUUCCUAAAGAAGGGGUGGAGAUCACAGAAAUUAUUGCGGAAACACCGGUUGAAAAGCUGGAAGAAGAAAAGGCCAAACCGGAAGAAGCUAAACCCUCAGAAGUAAAAGAAGAAAAGGCGAAAGUAACAGAAGUAGAGGUUAAAAAGGCACCCAAGAAGAAGAAGAAGACUGUUACCGCAGUUGAAACAGAAGAACAAGAAGAAGUUGUAGAAGAGAUAACGCCUGAAGCGCCAAAAGAAGAAAAAGUGAAGCCAACUGUUACAGAGACAGAAGGAGUUGAAAUAACUGAAGUAAUUUCGGAAGUAGCCACGGAGGAACUUCCUGAGAAGGUGAAGCCGAAGAAGAAGAAAGCAACAGAAGUUGAAGAGAAGGAAGAGAAAGUGAUUACGAAAAAAGUGAAGGUAAAAGAAGCGCCCAAAGAAGGAGUACCGGAAUCUGAGGAGCAACCGGAAGAAGAAGUACAAGAACUCAUUCCGGAGAAGCCAAAGAAGAGCAAGGCGAAGAAGGAAAUUACUCCAAAAGAGGGUGUUAUAACGACAGAAGUAGUCACUACUACUGCAGAAGAAAUACUGGAAGUCGAGAAACCGGAAGAAGAUAAGGCUGUAGUAACAGAAGAAGAACAAGAAACAGCUAAAGUAGAAGAAAAGAAGGUUACCGUGAAGAAGGCUCCGAAGAAAAAAUUGAAACCAACGGAAGCUGAAGAAGAACAAGUAGAAGAAGUUGUGGAAGAGAUAAAUCAAGAAGAGCCGAAGAAGAGGAAAGCAAAGAAGACGAUUCUGCCGAAAGAAGAAAUAGAAACGACUGAAGUAGUUACGGAGGUAACAACAGAAGAGAUAAAAGAAAAGAAACCAAAGGAAGAAAAGGCUGUUCCUAAGGAAGAACAGAAGGUAGAAGAAGAGGCAAAGGUAACUGAGGUAUCUGUGAAAAAAGUACCUAAAGAGAAGAAGAAGAAGGAGGAACCAGUUACAAACGGCGAAGUAAUCGAAGAAAAACCGAAAGAGAAAGAAAUUCCUGUGGAAAAACCAGAGGAAAAAGAAGUUCCAGAAGAGAAGCCAGAAGUGAAAGAAGAACCAAAGGAAGAAAAGCCGAAGAAGAAGAAGAAAGUUCCAGUAGAAAAGAAACCUGCUGUGACGGAAGAGGAACAGCCUGAAGACAAAGUAGAAGAAAUAGUCGAAGAAAAACCGAAGAAGGUGAAGGCUCGAAAAGAAAUCGUUCCUAAGGAUACUGCAGAAACUACUGAAGUUGUCCCUGAAACGGUGACGGAAGAAUUGCCAACUAAGAAGCCCAAAGAACGUAAAGCAGUACCAGUUGAGGAGAAAGAAGAGAAGGUAGAGGUAACUGAAGUUCCAGUAGAACAGGCUCCGGAGGAAAAAGAAGAAGCGCCAGAAGAAAAGCCAGCGGAGGAAGUUCCUGAAAAACCGAAGGAAGCAAAGGUUGUAAAGAAGAAGAAGAAGAAACCAGUCAAGAAGGAUGAAAUCGAUGAGUGGGUAGAGCCUGAGUACGAACGACCUGUGCUGGAACCAAUGCCUGAAAAGAUACAAUGGGAGCCAACGAAAAAGAAGAAGGAAAAGAAACCUAUACCAGAAUCCCUCCAGAAACUGAUUCCUCAAAAGAUCGAAAGGAAUGAAAUGAAGCCCACGAAACUGAAAUACUCUGAGCCCGCCGAAACCGUUCAAUUCGCUACGGUUAAGCUGAAGAAGGUAGCAGUGCCGAAGAAGAAAUCAGUCGACGAGCCUAAGUUCCCGAAAAUCAUGUUACGAAGCAGAAUCACGUUCGUCGGUGAUUAUCCACCAGAAAUACAGAUUCCAAAGAUAUCUUACAUGGAAGAGAAUCCCGUACAAACUGGAAUUCUUUCUAGAAAUACGGAAGAAGCUCUGAAGGUCCUUAAGAGGAAGGUUAAAAAAGUCAAACUUUCUGAGAAAGAAAUCACACAGUUGGAGAAAUUGGAUCAAGAGUUCGAAGAAUUGAAGAAAGUGCCUCUCGAGAAGAUAGAAGAUAAAUCGAUAUACGAGAGACAACCGAAGAAACCCGAAGAGAAACCGGAAGAGCCCCAAAAAGUAGUUCUCGGAAAAGGUAAAGUGCCACCAGAAGAACCAGUUGAACCUGAAAAAGUGAAACUGAAGAAAAUACCAGAAAAGAAGCCGGAAGAAGUUCCGGAACCUGUUAAGAAACCUGUGAAAGAAGAACCAGUGGAAGAGAUUAAGCCAGAGAAGAAAAAGAAACCAAAAGUGAAAUUGGAACACGAUGAACUUAAACCUUUGGACUUCGAAAGGCCAGAGCUUGAGAAGUAUGAGCCCGAAGAGUAUGAAAAGCCAGAAGAACCAGAACCUGAGCCAGUACCUAAACCAUACGAAAAAGAAAAGAAGAAGAAACCGGAUCAGGAAAUUGAGCAGGUUCCUCUUAUAAAGAGUGUACCGAAACCACCACAACCGGAUGAAGAACCAGAAGUUAAGUUUAGAAUCCCGCAGAAAGAAAAACCGGAAGAAGAACCGGAACAAAUAACUCUGAAAGGUUGGAAGAAAGACAAGCCUGAAGAUGAAGGCGUGAAAGAAUUCCCAGCGAAGGAAGAAGAAGAAGCUCCAAAGGCACCAAAGGAAGAAACUGAAGAUGUCACAAUUAAACGCAAAGUGAAACCGAAGAAACCUAAGGAAAAGGCUCCUAAAGAAGAAGAGGUAACGAUUAAGAAGCCUGAACCUGAAGAGCCGGAGAAGGUACCGGAAGUAACGGAAGAAAUUACAUUGAAGAAGGAACCAGAAAAACCGAUCGAGGAAGCACCAACUGAAAAACCAGCCGAAGUUGCUGAAGAAGCAGCGGUGAAGAAGCCAAAGAAGAAACCUGUGAAAGAAGAAGAAGCUGCUGAAGUUAUAGUGAAGAAGCCUAUUGUUGAAGAGAAGGUGGUCGUAGAAGAGGAAGUUCAAGAAGAAGUUGUUAUAAAGAAAAAACCCAAAGAGAAGCCGGUUCCUGAAGAAGUAACUGAGGAAGUAACGCUGAAAAAACCAGAGGAGAAGGCACCAGAAGAAGUAGUUGAAGAAAUAAAGAAGCCGAAGAAGAAGAAACCCGUGAAAGAAGAAGCCGCCGAUGAAGUCACUAUCAAGAAACCUGUUGUGGAAGAGAAGAAAGAAGAAGAAGCUCCGGAACAAGUCACCUUAAAGAAAAAGAAACCGAAGGAGAAACCCACACCGGAAGAAGUUGCGGAAGAAAUUACUCUGAAAAAACCAGAACCAGAAGAAAAGGUGAAAGUUCCAGAAGAAGUGACGGAACAGGUCGAAUUGAAGAAACCAAAGAAGAAGAAGUCUAUCGUAGAAGAGGCUGCUGAUGAAGUUACAAUUAAAAAGGUGGUGGUAGAAGAGAAGGAAGAAGAAGAAGUUCCAGAGGAGGUCACAUUAAAGAAGAAGAAACCAAAAGAAAAGCCAACUCCAGAAGAAGUAGCAGAAGAAAUUACUCUGAAGAAACCGGAACCAGAAGAAAAGGUGAAAGUUCCAGAAGAAGUGACGGAACAGGUCGAGUUAAAGAAACCGAAGAAGAAAAAGCCUGUUGAGGAAGAGGCUGCCGAUGAAAUCACUAUCAAGAAACCUGUUGUGGAAGAUAAGAAAGAAGAAGGAGCUCCGGAACAAGUCACCUUAAAGAAAAAGAAACCGAAGGAGAAACCCACACCGGAAGAAGUUGCGGAAGAAAUUACUCUGAAAAAACCGGAACCAGAAGAAAAGGUGAAAGUUCCAGAAGAAGUGACGGAACAGGUCGAAUUGAAGAAACCAAAGAAGAAGAAGUCUAUCGUAGAAGAGGCUGCUGAUGAAGUCACAAUUAAGAAGGUGGUUGUAGAAGAGGAGAAAGAAGAAGAGGCACCGGAGCAAGUAACUCUGAAGAAGAAAAAACCAAAGGAAAAGCCUGUUCCAGAGGAAGUAACAGAAGAGGUUACUCUACAGAAACCAGUUCCAAAAGAGGAAGAGAAAGCACCGGAAGAGGUUAGUGAGAAGGUAGAGGUGAAAAAGCCAAAGAAGAAGAAAUCAAUUGUAGAGGAGGCUGCUGAUGAAGUUACAAUUAAGAAGGUGGUCGUGGAAGAGAAGAAGGAAGAAGAGGUACCAGAGGAAGUAACUCUGAAGAAGAAGAAACCAAAGGAAAAGCCUGUUCCAGAGGAAGUAACAGAGGAGGUCACUCUAAAGAAACCAGUACCAAAGGAAGAAGAGAAAGCACCGGAAGAGGUUAGUGAAAAGGUAGAGGUGAAAAAGCCAAAGAAGAAGAAAUCAAUUGUAGAGGAAGCUGCUGAUGAAGUUACAAUUAAGAAGGUGGUCGUGGAAGAGAAGAAGGAAGAAGAGGUACCAGAGGAAGUAACUCUGAAGAAGAAGAAACCAAAGGAAAAGCCUGUUCCAGAGGAAGUAACAGAGGAGGUCACUCUAAAGAAACCAGUACCAAAGGAAGAAGAGAAAGCACCGGAAGAGGUUAGUGAAAAGGUAGAGGUGAAAAAGCCAAAGAAGAAGAAAUCAAUUGUAGAGGAGGCUGCUGACGAAGUAACGAUUAAGAAAGUUGUCGUGGAAGAAAAGGAAGAGGAAGAAUCUCCGGUGGAAGUUACUCUGAAACCGAAACCCAAGAAGAAAUCUAUUCCAAAAGAAGAAGAAGAAGUCGCUGAAGUGACUCUUAAAAAACCUAAACCUGUCGAGGAAGAGAAGACACCAGAGGAGGGUGAGUUGACUCUGAAGAAGAAACCGAAGAAGAAACCGGUUGUCGAGGAAGAAGCUGCAGAAGUGACCAUCCAGAAACUAGUACCCACGGAAGCCGAGGAAGCGCCCGAAGAGUUCACUAUCAAGAAGAAGAAGAAGCCCGAGAAGAAACCAACCGUGACAGAGGAAGUCGAAGAAACCGCGGUGACCCUGAAGAAAACUCGUGCUCCGGAGAAGCCCACCGAAGAAGAAGAAGUGUCGACUGAUGUGCAGCUAAAGAAGAAAAAACCUAAACCAAAGGUCGAAGAAGUGGCAGCCGAAGAGCUUACCAUCCAAAAGAUCGAAGAAAUCGAACAACCGGCAGAAGAAGAAGAAGAAGAGGUACACGAAUUCACCUUCAAACGGAAACCACCGAAGCUAGCUCCUAAACCGAUCGAAGAAAUCUACGAAGACGUCACUCUUCGGAAGUUACGACCAAAGAAGAAACCCAGACAAGACAUCAAAGAAGUGACGGAAAUAGAAAAUGUGACGUUUAGGCCGCGCAGCACGAAGACAAAGGAGGACGUGGAGCAAGAGUUCAAGAUCUCUUUGAAUACCUACGAAGAAGAAGAUAUAUCGAUGUCUGGAAAAGUCCGACUGAAACCGAAGAAACGGCCUAUGACGUACUCGGAGGAGACCGGGGAAGAGACGAUUAGGAUCCUAAAAGAAGUGGAUGAUGAUUCGGGUCCGAUUAUAGAAGAGGUCAUAGAUGAGUCUGACGACGAAGGCAGGGACGAGUACAGCAUCGAGGAAUUGGACACUGACGAAAUGAAUUUGCCACUGAGGAGAAGGAGGAAGAAGCAACCGAGACCAUACAAAGUCGAGGACUUCGAGGAGGACGAUGUAAAUUUGAAGUUGAAACGCGAGAGGAAGUAUUCGAUCGAGGAGACCGACGAGUCCUUGGCGUUGAAGCUGAAGAGCAAGAGACGCGUCUCCACGUACGACGAAGAAGAGGCCACGCUUAGUAUCACUAGAGAAGAGGACAUUUCAGAGGAAGAAGAAAUUGAGUACGUUGUCCGCGAUGGCGACACAAUGUUCUCAAUCUGCUCGUACGUGGCAGAAACAGACGAAGCCAUUAAUCUCGUCGAGGGUGAAAGAGUUUACGUUAUUGAUCACACCAAUCAGGACUGGUGGUUCGUGAAGAAACACCUGACGGAAGAGAAGGGUUGGGUUCCGGCGCAGUACCUUCUCAACGAAGUGCACUACACUCUCUACUUGCAACGUAAAUUGCACGAAAAGAUCGACAAACUACCAGUAUUUGAAAAACCAGCGCCCGGUGAAAAGGCAUCAGCACCAAAGUUCGUCGAGAAGUUACAGCCAAUUCACACUCCUGAUGGUUACACGAUUCAAUUCGAGUGUCAAGUGGAAGGUGUACCGAGACCACAGAUAACUUGGUUCCGACAGACAGCAAUCAUCAAGCCGUCCCCUGAUUUCCAAAUGUAUUACGACGACGAUAACGUGGCCACUUUGAUCAUCAGAGAAGUGUUCCCUGAAGACGCUGGAACCUUCACCUGUGUCGCCAAGAAUGCUGCUGGAUUUGCGUCCAGUACCACAGAACUGGUCGUAGAGGCGCCUCUUUCUGAUCAUGGAUCGGAUCUGACUGGUCCGUCCAGGAAGAGUCUUUCGAGAGAAUCAUCCCUCGCCGAUAUCUUGGAGGGUAUACCACCGACGUUCUCUCGAAAACCAAAGGCGAAGUACGUGAAGGAGGGUGAUGACGUGAUACUCGAAUGUCGCCUGGUGGCCGUGCCAGAACCUGAGAUUACAUGGUACUACAAGGACACGCAAAUCACGACUAAAGAGAACAUCGUGGUCGCGACCGAGAGCGACAUGCACAUGUACUGCAGCGUGAUCAAGAUCACUAAAGUGCAGAAGAAGCAAGAAGGAAAGUACACCAUCGUUGCUAGGAACAGGGAAGGUGAAGCUACCAUUGAGAUUCCUAUGAAGGUGAAGACUGGCAAACCAGAACCACCGGAAAUUUUAGAACCUCUUCAAUCGUACGUAGUCAGAGAAGGGGAAACUGUCGUGUUAUCGACACAAAUUGUCGGAAAUCCAGCGCCUAAAGUCACUUGGUACAAAAAUGGUAAGCCGUUGAAGGGCUUAACGCCGACACAAGAUGGCCACGUGAACACCCUGACACUGAUUCAGCCUCAAGUGUCCGAUACUGGAGAUUACUCAGUGGUGGCUACCAACGAUCUGGGCACUGUCGAGACGAAAGCCACGUUGACUGUUGAAAAAAUACCAAGUGGAGCUCCCGAGCCACCACUUUUCACGGAACGGUUCCAAGAACUCACCGUUCCAGAGAAAGGUACCUUCAAGCUGGUGGCAAAGGUUACCGGAAAUCCAGUGCCGGAAGUCACGUGGUUGAGGAACAACAUGCCCUUGGAGAAAUCUCCGAACAUCACAGAAACCUACGACGGCGAGAACAUAAUACUUGAAAUACGAAACGCUAAUUCGGAGGUGGACGCCGGGGAUUAUAAAUGCAUCGCUAGCAAUCCUGUCGGCAAAGCUUCACACGGUGCAAGAGUCACGGUGGACGUCGACACAGUCACAUUCACGAAGACGUUAAAGAAAGAGGUCGUCGUCGACGAGUACAAGACUCUGGAAUUGACCUGCGAAACAUCUCAUACAGUCUCCACGAAAUGGUGGCACAACGACGAGGAGGUCAGCGGUAUGGAUCACCGCGAGAUCAUUCAAGAAGGACACGUGCACAAGCUGGUAAUCAAGAAAACCAGUCCCACGGACGAGGGUACAUACAAGUGCACUGUUAAAAAUCAGACAACUUCUAGCAAAGUCACGGUGAAAGCCACCAAACCAGAAUUCGUGAAGAAACUACAAGAUUGCGAGGUGAAGGAACGUGAAGUCGCCAUUUUGGAGGUCGAAAUUACAUCACAGACGGCCGAUGUAAAAUGGUUCAAGGACGGAGAACCUUUGAGACCGGGCAAAGAAAAAUUAGAAUUCGUGAAAGAUGGCACAGUAAGAAAGUUACUGAUUAGAAGUACGUCCGUGCACGAUGAAGGAGAAUACACUUGUACUUUGAUUGACCAAGAAUGCGCAGCAGAAGUUACCGUUGUUGAAUUACCGCCAGAAAUUAUAACAAAGUUGCAAGACGUGACGAUAGCCAGAGGCGAAAGAGCAUCUUUCGAGAUCGAAUUGACCAAAGGAGACGCGUUGGUACGGUGGUUCAAAGACGGUCAAGAGUUACAAUUCUCCGAGCAUGUACAAUUAUCAAUCGAUGGCAAGAGACAGAGGCUAAAGAUCUACGACACAGAACCAGAAGACGCGGGCGUUUAUUCUUGCAACGUUGGAAAACAAACCUCGUCGGCUAAGCUGACUGUCGAGGAGCCUGGAGUGGACUUCAUCACGAAACUACCGGAUGUAACUCUGGUACCACUGAACGCAGACGCAGUUUUCGUCAUUGAACUGUCUCAAGACGUUCCAGUCACGUGGCUCAGAAAAACUGAAGUUAUCAAGGAAUCAUCGAAGUACGCUAUCAUCGACGAGGGCACCGUAAAGAAAUUGAUCGUGAAGAAGUGCACCACCGAAGACAUCUCAGAAUACACAGCUGUAGUCACUAACGUGAAAACAUCGUCAAAAUUAAGAGUCGAAGUCAUUGAAACACCGCCGAAGAUCAACCCGGACACACCAAAGAAAUACAAAGUGAGGAAAGGCGAGGAUGUCGAGGUUAUCGUGAAAUACACCGGAACACCGAAACCAAGCGACGAAUGGACGGUAAAUGGCCACGUGGUCACGAAGUCGAAACGUGUUGUGCCAUCGCUCGACGAAGAAUCCGCGUGCCUGACCAUCAGGAAGAUCCAAGAAGAAGAUGUUGGCGAUUAUACUUUGAAACUAGUGAAUCACCUCGGCGAGAGCAGUAUCGAGAUCAACGUCGUCAUAGUGCAGGCACCAAGUGCACCAGGAUCGCCGGAACCAUUGGAAACUACCAACGACAGUGUCACACUUCACUGGAAGAAACCAGACUCAGAUGGCAAUUCACCUAUCAUUGAAUACAUUCUGGAAUACCAAGAAAAGACUGAAACUUCAUGGACGAAAGUUACAGAGCAGAUAUCAGAGACAACUCACAAAGUAACAAAAUUAACCACGAACAAAGAGUACACCUUCCAAGUAACAGCGGUGAACGAAGCAGGUCCAGGUGAUACGUCACCGAAAUCUCCAUACAUAAAGAUAGCGAAACCAUCAACGGCCGAACCACCAGCCGUUCUUGAACCCCUGAAGAGUAUUGUCGUGGGUCUAAAUGAAACUGUAACCCUAUCAUGCGUCAUUGGCGGAACACCAACUCCAGAAAUCACCUGGUUGAAGAACGGUGAAACUUUCGAAGACAGCAGCAUCACGUACGAGAAUCGUAUGACGAAAUAUACCAUCGCAGAGACAACAGAAACAUCAUCGGCGACAUUCACGGUAAAAGCGAGGAACGAUGUCGGAACAGCGGAGACAACGUGCGAGCUGAAGGUACAAGAAGCACCGAAGAUCAGCUAUAACGAGACCUUGGCAAGCCAGAAUCUGCCUGUGAACAGCCAAUGGAAAAUUGACAUUCAGGCCAGCGGUUUCCCGAAACCGGAAGUAACGUGGUCGAAGAACAGCAAGAAGAUCGUCGACAAACGUGUGACCAUCCAAACCGAAGAAAAGACCUCUACCAUAUCUAUUUCUUCUCUCGUUCGAGAAGACACUGCUACUUAUACGGCAAAGGCGACCAAUCAAGCCGGUAGCUCUUCGGUCGACCUGCAUCUUCGAGUCAUUGAUAAACCAGGUAAACCGCAAGGACCAGUCAUUUUCAAAGAGAUCAGACAAGACCGCGUCACCCUCGAAUGGCGACCACCAGCUGACGAUGGUGGAAUCGAACUCGACAAGUAUACCAUCGAGAAAUGCGAACCAGGCAAAUCCUGGGUGAAGGUUGUCGACAUCGACAAGGAGGUAGAAAGCUUCUGUAUGCCGAAACCACCGGGACCACCAAGAGGACCAUUAGAAGUAUCAGGAAUGACGAAGACAUCGUUCACGAUAAAAUGGCAACCUCCAGAGAACGAUGGUGGAACACCAAUCACAGAUUAUAUCAUUGAAAUGAAAGAAGAAUCAAAGAAGUCUUGGCAAAAGAUCGCCAGUACCAAACACGAAGUGACCCACUUUAGUGUAUCAGACUUGAAAACAGAUGUACCGUACAACUUUAGGAUAACAGCUAAGAACAGCGUUGGUACUGGUCCUCCUUAUGUAGCUGAAGAACCGAUUGCAGCCGGAAAACGAAUCAAAAUAACAAAGCUCACCGAAAGCAGCAUGUACGCUCUGUUGGGUAUAUUCCCGCCAUCGAAAAUAGUCAUCAGCAAGACACCACCGUCGAGUCCACAACAUGUGCAAGUGACGAACGUUACCAGCAAGAGUGUUACUCUGAACUGGUCACCACCUCUUAGCAAUGGUGGCACAGAACUCACAGGAUAUGUUAUCGAGAAGAGACCGUUAAUCGGUAAAGGAGCAAGAUGGACGAAAGUUGUUACUUUGGACGCGACAACGCUUCAAUACUGCAUCGAGAACUUGAAGGAAAGCGAAUUCCUCUUCAGAGUCUUUGCCGAGAACAAUCAAGGACUCAGCUUACCUACGAAUUCUGAACCAGUCACCCUAAAGACACAUGCCAGCGUACCAUCACCACCCACCGCACCGUUGGAGAUCAGGCAGAUCGCAGCGAAUACGGUAGUGAUUUCCUGGGGAAGACCGGAAACUGAUGGUGGCGCCCCGUUGGAGGGUUACAAAAUUGCCAUCAGGGACGCGAAAAAGACGAUGUGGAUGGAGGUGGGUCGUGUGAACGCCGACGUGCAGAAACUGAAUAUCAGAGACCUCCAGGAAAAUCACAUGUACCUGAUCAGAAUCUUCGCGAGGAACGAAAUCGGUCACAGCGAACCUUUGGAAUCUGACGAACCCUUCAAUAUUUUACCAGCUUCCGAAUUAACGGUAGUCGAGCCAAUCGCAGAAGCCACAGAAAAGGGUGAAACCGCAUCGGUGAGCUUCAGUACAGAGAACACGAGUUCUUGGCUCAGGGAUCACAACAUGGACGCCGAUAUUCAUACGUACGCGAGGGCGAGGCUACUACGACAAGACGAAUACUUCUUCCGCAUUUGGCACUACGCUAAAAAGCUCUUCGAAUAA